UGCUGUUUGCGGCAGCGCUCGGCGGGGCGGUUGGGUGCGCGCGGUUGCUAGGGUCGCUUUACGGCCCGGCGAUGGCGGAGGGCGAGCGGACGGAGCAGAGCGGCGGCCUGGGCGGCCCCCCCCGGGGGGGGGAGGCGGGGGCGCUGGAGAGGGCGGAGGCCCUCAAGAGCCAGGCCAACGAGUACUUCAAAGGCAAGAACUACGAGAAUGCUGUGAAAUAUUACAGCGAGGCCAUCGACCUGAACCCCGCCAAUGCCAUCUACUACGGCAACCGCAGCCUGGCCUACCUGCGGACAGAGUGCUAUGGCUACGCACUGGCCGACGCCACCAAGGCCAUCGAGCUGGACAAGAAGUACAUCAAAGGAUACUACCGGCGGGCUACCAGCAACAUGGCCCUGGGCAAGUUCAAGGCCGCCCUGCGCGACUACGAGACGGUGGUGAAGGUGAAGCCAAACGACAAAGAUGCCAAGAUGAAGUAUCAGGAGUGCAACAAGAUUGUGAAGCAGAAGGCGUUCGAGCGCGCCAUUGCCAGUGAUGAGCACAAACGCUCCGUGGUUGACUCCCUGGACAUAGAGAGCAUGACCAUCGAGGACGAGUACAGCGGCCCCAAGCUGGACAACGGGAAGGUGACGCUAGCGUUCAUGAAGGAGUUAAUGCAAUGGUACAAGGAUCAAAAGAAACUCCACAGAAAAUGUGCCUAUCAGAUCUUGGUGCAGGUGAAGGAGGUGCUCGUCAAACUCCCCACUCUAGUAGAAACCACGUUAAAAGAGACAGAGAAGGUCACGGUGUGCGGAGACACCCACGGGCAGUAUUACGACUUGCUGAAUAUAUUUGAACUGAACGGGCUGCCGUCUGAAACGAACCCAUAUAUAUUCAACGGGGAUUUCGUUGACCGCGGCUCCUUCUCCGUGGAAGUGAUAUUAACGCUGUUCGGUUUUAAGUUGCUGUAUCCGGAUCAUUUCCACUUACUCCGUGGGAAUCACGAGACGGACAACAUGAACCAGAUCUACGGGUUCGAGGGGGAGGUGAAAGCCAAAUACACAGCCCAGAUGUUUGCGCUUUUCAGCGAGGUCUUUGAGUGGCUGCCCCUGGCGCAAUGCAUCAAUGGCAAAGUAUUGAUAAUGCACGGCGGGCUCUUCAGCGAAGAUGGGGUCACGUUGGACGACAUCCGGAAGAUUGAGAGGAAUCGGCAGCCUCCGGAUUCAGGUCCCAUGUGCGACUUGCUGUGGUCCGACCCGCAGCCUCAGAACGGCCGGUCGGUCAGCAAGCGCGGUGUGAGCUGUCAGUUCGGGCCUGAUGUCACCAAAAGCUUCCUGGAGCGGAACCAGCUAGAUUACAUCAUCCGGAGCCACGAAGUCAAGUCCGAAGGCUAUGAGGUGACACACGAGGGCAAGUGCAUCACCGUCUUCUCGGCACCCAACUACUGCGACCAGAUGGGGAAUAAAGGUUCAUACAUCCACCUGCGGGGGUCAGACCUACGCCCCGAAUUCCACCAGUUCACAGCUGUGCCUCACCCGAACGUCAAACCGAUGGCCUACGCCAACACCCUCCUCCAGCUGGGGAUGAUGUAACCUCCCCUGUCACCGCCGCCCCCACCUGGAGGCCCCCCAUGCUAGGCAGAGACGGCCCCUCGGCCUUUUUACUUUCUUCCGCCAUCAGCCCGGGCUGGCCAGGCGCCGGAGCGUCCAUCACGAGGGCCGGGGGAGGGGGGGUGUUGCCGUGGUUCUCUCCCCCCCCCCCACACCGAGCCCAUUUGUAGUGUUGCCGUGAGCUGGUGCUGCACAGCUGAGAGGCAGAGCAUUAGCAAGGAGUAUUUUUUUUUUUAAUAUAUUGGAAAGAUUGUAUUUAUUCCCAGGCCUCGCUCAGACUCCGGCCUGGAGCAGAGAGGCCGCUGGGCCCAAGCCGGCUCUGUCCGCGGCCCGAUCUCUCCCAGCAGACGGUAUUGGCUUGCAGGGUGGAGCGUGGAGGCCUCCCCUCCCUUCCCCAAGUGCUCUGGCUUUGAGGCGUGUCUCCGCCAGUGGUCUCUGGGCUUGGGGGUUUCAGGAGCGGCGAGGGGGCUAGGUGGGGUCAGAGGUUAGGAUCAGGUCACAAGCAGAAGCAAGGUGUCAGGCGGGGGGUGGGUCCCAUCCCUAGUCGUCCUCUUCCUCUGCAUCAGAAACCCAGGGUGGGCAGGCAGGGCUCUGCUUUCACCAGCUUUGGAGGCACUCGCUGGCACAGCUCAGAGAGGUGGGGUGAGAGCUCGGCCCAGUAGGGAUCCCUGAUCACAUCCCUGGAGGCAUUCUAUGGUUGAUGGAUCUGAGCCUGGGAUCCCCAGCUGCCAGUCUGACGAGGUCUCUAAUACUGAGACUUGGUCCUCGGGACCCCUGGCUGCUGGGAUCUGGGCCUUGGGACCCCUGGCUGCUGGGAUCUGGGACCCGGGACCCCUGGCUACCUGUUGCACAGGACCUCUCUAAUACUGGGAUCUGGGCCCUGGGACCCCUGGCUACCAGUCGCACAGGACCUCUCUAAUACUGGGAUCUGGGCCCUGGGACCCCUGGCUGCUGGGAUCUGGGCCCCGGGACCUCUGCCUGCCAGUCUGUUGGGAGCUCUCAAAUACUGGGAUCUGUCUCCCAGGACCCCUGGCUGCUGGGAUCUGGGUCCCAGGACCCCCAGCUAUCCGUCUCACAGGAGCUCUCUCACCCUGGGGUGCCCCUCUUCUAGAUCCCCUGUGAGCUUGUAGCUCCCUGCUGCAGAGGACAGGGGCAGCAUACGCCCCUCCCUCCCCAUGAGACGUGCUGUGUCCCUGGGCGUCUGCCUCCAGCCGGUCCACAAAGAAAGAAGUAGGGUUAAGAUUUUGUCAUGGUUUGUUCAGUAAAAGCCAGGGACGGGUCACAGGCAAUAAACAGAAAUUCACAGAAGCCAGUGCCCCGUCCCUGGCUUUCGCUCAACAGAACGGUGACAAAAUGGGGCUGACCCGGGGGGGAGGGGCGGGGGGGAUGGAUGAUGAGAGCCUGAGCCCUGCGGCGGGGAAGGUAAGCGGGGAGGUCCACGGCGGCUGGGAGAUGUGGGACCCCCCAUGGCAGCUUGGCGCUCCAGGGGGCCCCCUGCUGGCUGACAGCUGAAGUCCCACCGCCCAAGGGCUGAAGCGGAAAAUGUCACGGACGUCUUGGGAAGUGCUGGAAUCCGCAGCCUAAUCUUAGCCUUACAAAUAAGCAAUAGGUGUGUGGGUGUUGGGCUGGCAGAGGCCCAGCCUCCAACUCAUGCCAGGAGUGGGGGGGGGAGGAUGUGUGUGUGGCAGGGGCAGUGGGAGGGGGGGCAGCAGACUGGAUUUCUUGGGGUGCUUUACCCCACUUGCCCCUCCCCCCCACCGUUGCCCCCUUCUCUCAGCCUGGGGAGCGUCGGGCACCUCCUCGAGGUAGAGCCUUUUGUGCCAUGUGCGCAAGCCAACAGCAGAUGCCUCCAAUGCCCCUGGGUGUCUCCGUGCACACCACCGGAUCCAGGAGCCCACCCUCCACCACCACCUCUCGAGCUAUUUUACUGUCUGUAAUUAAAGAUGUUAAAAUAAAGUAAUUAUUAUAAGCCUUG